AUGUCCGCCCAAGGUCUAGCCCGCCCACGCAACCUGGCCAUUGCCGGUGCAAUCGGCAGCGUAGCCCUCCUCGGUUUCUUCCCCAGAACCCGGAAACAGGUCCUGCCCGACACCAUUGAGACCCCCGCCAUGCAACAGAUUGGCGACCGCCAUUCCUCCGGCGGCGGCACCAAUACCCAUACGCCGGCCGUCGGCACAAGACGAGGAGAUGCAGGAGAUCCUUCGCACAACGAGUCGAACCAAGAGCAGAUGAAGGGAGUCGGAACGGUGCAUUUCAAUGACAAGGUUGCGGAUCAGAAAGCGAAUCCUGAGACGGGGCCGGAGAAGAUGUUGAAUAAGUCUUAUUAUGGGAGUGAGAAGGGCAGGUGA